GGGAAAAUGAGUCUCCCCCGAAUUCGGGGAUGUGAGCCUAUAUAUCCUCUCUUUCAUCCUCCCUUGUUGGUUCUUUCUCUUCUCCCAACUCACGCCCUCUCAUCACUCUUCUGUCCGUUCUCCUUCCAAUCAUCUCUCCUUCUACCCCACCAUUCACAAUGGCUCAGGAUCGUGCUCCUCCUCUUCGCCUCGGCUCUGAGGCCCCCAACUUCGAGGCCGACUCGUCCAACGGACCCAUCACCUUCCACGACUUCAUCGGUGACAGCUGGACUGUCCUCUUCUCCCACCCUGAUGACUUCACCCCCAUCUGUACCACUGAGCUCGGUGCUUUUGCCAAACUCGAGCCCGAGUUCACUGCUCGUGGUGUCAAGCUGAUUGGUCUGAGUGCCAACGGCACCGAGUCCCACCACGCCUGGAUCAAGGACAUUGAUGAGGUUACCGGCUCCAACCUCAAGUUCCCCAUCAUCUCCGACCCCGAGCGCAAGGUGGCCUACCUGUACGACAUGGUCGACUACCAGGACACCACCAACGUCGACUCCAAGGGCCAGGCUCUCACCAUCCGCUCCGUCUUCAUCAUCGACCCCAAGAAGAAGAUCCGUCUCAUCAUGACCUACCCCGCCUCCACCGGUCGUAACACCGCCGAGGUCCUCCGUGUCAUUGAUGCACUUCAGACCACCGACAAGCACGGUGUCACCUGCCCCAUCAACUGGACUCCUGGUGACGAUGUUGUCAUCCCCCCUCCCGUCUCCACCGAGGAUGCUCAGAAGAAGUUCAGCGACAUCCGCGUUGUCAAGCCCUACCUUCGUUUUACCAACCUGGACAAGCUGAAGCAGUAGAUGGAGAACGUCUUGAUCCGCCGUAGGGAGGGACUGGAUUUGAGAACAAAGACCGCUAUGAUACGAAAGUAAUGAAAAAAAAAAGAGACAUAAUAAUUCAUUAUACCCCGCAAGGUAGCAAAUGAAGUUGCAAGAAGUAAUUCGCGUUGGCUGCAUUGGUGAUGGCUUUUGAUGCAGGGACCCACUGGGGUCUGUACUGGUCCUGCAGGCUGUCG